GCCCGCGGCCCUCCACUUCCUGAGGCGGAGGCACACAGAGCGGCAGGGCCUCCUUCAGAGCCCAGGCUGCUCUGCCAUCGUCCUCUGCCCCGCAUCUCCUGGGAGAAAGGACAAGAUGAAGUGGGAGGCGCUAGCCAUCGCGGCCAUCCUGCAGGUGUGGUGCCCAGUUACAGAGGCACAGAGCUUUGGCCUGCUGGAUCCUAAACUCUGCUACCUGCUGGAUGGAAUCCUCUUUAUCUACGGUGUCAUCAUCACUGCCCUGUUCCUGAGAGCGAAGUUUGGCAGGAGUGCAGACGUCGCCGCCUUGCAGCAGGGCUCAAACCAGCUCUACAAUGAGCUCAAUCUAGGACGGAGAGAGGACUAUGAUGUCUUGGAUAAGCAUCGGGGCCGGGACCCUGAGAUGGGAGGGAAGCAGCAGAGGAGGAAGAAUCCUCAGGACGGCGUGUACAACGCACUGCAGAGAGAGAAGAUGGCGGAGGCCUACAGUGAGAUUGGGACGAAAGGAGAGCGUCGGAGAGGCAAGGCGCAAGACGGCCUGUACCAGGGCCUCAGUCCAGCCACCCAGGACACCUACAAUGUUCUCCACAUGCAGGCCCUGCCCCCUCGCUAACAGUGUGGGCCUCACCAGCCCCAGGCCUGACCUGCUGAUGCCGGCUGUAAGACAGGAUGAGCCCUUUACCACCGCCUUCCCUCAUACUUCUCAGCCACUGAAGUACUCCCCUCCACAAACAGGAUGCUUCCCAGUUGUGACAUGUGCUGAUCUCCAAUUCCAAGCCCUGGCACAAAGAACAUGUCCCUGGGCUCCAAGGGAGUGCAGCCCAUGGUCAUGGGCAAGGCCGUGCCCUUAGGACUUCAGACUUACUUGCUGGUGCCUGGAGAGCAGCCCUCUCCCUUGGCUCCAUGUCUUAACCUGGGGUUGGGGACAAUUCCCUCACAGCUGGGUUAGGUCUGCCUUGUGAAGUCCAGGGCAGGCCCCAGUGUCAGCACAUGUCCUGUCUGUAUUGCUGUCAGGAAUCUGAGUGGCUUCGCUCCUGCUGUCUACUCCCCCCCCACCCCCCCUUCAAGGUAACUUGUGCUUGGGCCACUCUGUGGAAGGGCUGGGCAGAAGGACCAGCGGGGGCAGUCCUCCAUCAGACAUGCCUCUGCAUCACCAAGCCGCAUGCCAGGCACUGUGGGGGGUGGAAAAACGUGCAAGGCUGUCCUUGCCCUCACAGGUUCACACUCUUAAGAGGGAAAAUAAGUUGUGCACAAUCUGGUUUAAAAAAUAGGAAAUGGAGUGUGAACACGGAGUGUCACUAAGAUCAUGAACAAAGCGUGGGAGUGAGUAGGGAGGAGUCCUUCCUGCCCUGCUCCCAGGCACCAUGCCUCAGCCUCCAGGGAAUGGCAAGCCCGUCCUGGUGACUAAAGGACACGGGGCUGUGGGUGGCAAACCCUCUUUGCUCUGCUUGGUUUUAACUUAUACUGGCUCGCUAAAGCCCAUUUCAUAUAAUAAAUGCUUCAGUGAAACCGGUGCUGUCCCCUAA